UUCUCAGUCUAGGGAUGCAAUCUGCGUCUGCGCAUUAAUCGUGACGCGCCAAGGCCGACCAAUACGCCUGCGUGGGCGUGGCUAGGGCCCGCCAGCGCGCACGCGCGAACCACAUCCCUGUGGCCGUCUGGUACCCGAAGUGUCCCGCGUUCGUCAUGUCGGCGUCGGUGGUGUCCGUCAUUUCGCGGUUCCUGGAGGAGUACUUGAGCUCCACUCCCCAGCGGCUGAAGUUGCUGGACGCCUAUCUCCUUUAUAUACUGCUGACCGGGGCGCUGCAGUUCGGCUACUGUCUCCUCGUGGGCACCUUCCCCUUCAACUCGUUCCUCUCCGGCUUCAUCUCUUGUGUGGGCAGCUUCAUCCUAGCGGUUUGCCUGAGAAUACAGAUCAACCCCCAGAACAAGGCGGAUUUCCAAGGCAUCUCUCCAGAGCGAGCCUUUGCUGAUUUCCUCUUUGCCAGCACCAUCCUGCACCUUGUCGUCAUGAACUUUGUUGGCUGAACUGCUCCCGUUUCCUUCAAUGUGGAGUUGGAGACUGGCAGAAUGUUCACUCUUGGACGUGCCCUGGAUAAGAAUUCUUGCGAUGACAGCUUGUUGAACACUGAUUCUUCAGAUUGUGCUUAGCUGUGACUGACUGGGUAUGAGACUGCCGUCCAGAGAACUCCCUUUGCCCUGUCAGACCCGCUUCCCAGUGCGGUCUGUUAACCCGAAAUCUGCCUUCCCCGAAGUGUAACCCUUACUCUCCAAAUUAAACAAAGUUUCUCUGCUGCUCCUC